CCCGACCCAACCCAAGACACACUCGCUCCUUCCUUCCUUCUCCGGCUCUUCAAACCCGCAGCAGAGAGAGACGAGGUAGAGAGAGCGAGAGAGAGAGAGAGAGAGAGAGGUAGUAGUAGGCAGCCGUUGCUUGCUGGCCUAGCUAGCUGCUGCUGCGGCGUGCUUGGCUCUGGCGGGCAUCUAGAUGCUCUCAUUUCCUUUCGCGGCAGCUGCUCCCCUACGCCGGAAUCCCUCCGUCUCCGUGCCUUCCCUCCCUCCUCUCAUGGCCUAGAUUCGUGCCAGUGCUGCUCGUAGCAAUCAAUCGGGAGCCGUUUCUUUCUUCUUUCCUCGCGCCUAGUACGUAGCGUAGCCUGCUCUGCUGCGGCCUGCGCGCUUUGAAUACGCGCCCUCCUCCUCAAAACGCUCAAACCUUGUCCCUUUCCCGCAAACCCCUGCCGCCUUUUGGUCGCUCUAGCUCUAGCGUACAGGCAGGCAGGCAGGCACAGUACUAUACUCCCCGGGCGCCGCGCCGGCCGCCGGGCUCUUUCAUCUCGUCUCGGUCUCAGGUGGGCGGGCGGGCGUCCAGCACCUGCACUGUGCCCUCCUUUCGCCCCUCUCUCUCUCUUCCGCCAUAUAUUCCGCCCCCGCUUGUCACCGCGCAGGAGGAGGAGAGAAGAGACACGCUUGUGACCUGUCGGUCUCCAUCACUUUCUUGAUUUGUGGCCUGAGCUGGGAGCAGGCGAGCGAGGAGGUUGCUAGGGACGGACGGUCGACUCACUCAUGGCGUGGAGCGGGUUCAGGGAGGCUGCGGCGGCGGGGGAGAGCGGCCUGGAGCUCAGCCUCGGCCUCCCCGCCUACUUCACCAAGCCGGCAGCACCAACAGCAGAUUUGGACGGGCAGGAGUCCAGCGGCGCCGGCGGCUCUGCUCGCCAACCUCAAGGAGGAAACUACAAGGCCAAGCCGGCAGCAGCAGCAGCAGCAGCUCCGGUCGUGGGGUGGCCGCCGGUGCGCUCGUUCCGACGGAACCUGGCCGCCUCCAAGCCGUCGUCGUCCAAGGAGGACGGCAGGGCAAGCAAAGACGACGACGUCGCCGUCAAGGGCGCCGACGAGCCUGCGGGCCGGAAGGGUCUGUUCGUGAAGGUCAACAUGGACGGCGUCCCCAUCGGGCGGAAGGUGGAGCUCAAGGAGGACGGCAGCUACGCCGACCUCUCGGCCACCGUCGACAAGCUCUUCCGCAGCCUCCUCGCCGCUCAAAGGGACGCCGCCGCUGCCCCAGACGCGAUCGCCGGCGGCGAGUACACGCUGGUGUACGAGGACGACGAGGGCGACAGGAUGCUGGUCGGGGACGUCCCAUGGCAGAUGUUCAUCGUCACGGCGAAGAGGCUGCGAGGGCUCAAGAGCUCCGACCUGCCGGCCUCGUCGCUGACGGCGGCCGGGAGCAGGAAGAGGCCGGCGGCUGCAGCCGACUGCUGAUUCGAACUCGCCCGGCGUUGUAAAGGCCUUUUUUGACGAGGGUUAAUCCGGUUUUGCUGCUACGUAUGUACGUACGCACGUAUGAGGAUGAAAUCACGGCUGUAAUUAGAGCCGUGUCUGUGAUGCUACUGCUAUUUUGGGUGGCCAUCGUGGCCGUAUUUUGAUGCUUUUUUCUACGUCUAACUAGAUGUGAUUCGUCGGGUGAUCUAAUCUAAUACUAGCACUAGUAUGUUCUUGGUAUAAUUGCACAAAUACUUCAUGAA